AUGUCAGGCUCCGGGCGAAAAGACUUCGAUGUGAAGCACAUCCUUCGACUCCGCUGGAAACUCUUCAGCCACCCGUCCCCAUCCCCUGGCGGUCCGGCGGGGGGCGGUUGCCUGCAGCAGGACGGCAGCGGCGGCUUCGAGCAUUGGGGGCCCAGCCAGAGCCGCCUGCUCAAAAGCCAGGAGAGGAGCAGUGUGGGCACUUUCUGGAAGAAGUCUUCCUCUUCCUCGUCCUCCCCAUCCUCUUCCUCUUCUUCCUCCAACCCGCUGAAUGGCACCCUGCUGCCGGUGGCCACGAGGCUGCAGCCAGGAGCGCCCGGGCAGGCCCUCCAGCAGCCGGCCAGGACACUGUUCUAUGUGGAGACCCUAGAGGAGGAGGUGGUGCCACGCAUGGACUUACCUGGACCACCCGAAAAAGGGCUGAUCUUGCAAGAACUCAAAGUGGAGCCGGCCAACUCGAGCCAGGCAACAGGUGAAGGAUGUGGACACAGGCUGUCAGCAACCAGCCAUUCGCUGACACCUCAAAGUGACAUGGAUUCCAGCAGCUCUGAAGAAUUCUAUCAGGCCAUUCACCAUGCUGAGCAGACCUUUAGAAAGAUGGAAAGUUACUUGAAGCAACAGCAACUCUGUGAUGUUAUCUUGAUUGUUGGGAACCGAAAGAUACCUGCACAUAGGCUUGUUCUGAGUUCAGUCUCCGACUACUUUGCUGCAAUGUUUACAAGUGAUGUUUGUGAAGCCAAGCAAGAGGAGAUAAAGAUGGAAGGCAUAGACCCCAAUGCCCUCUGGGACCUUGUCCAAUUUGCAUAUACAGGUUGUUUGGAAUUAAAGGAAGACACCAUUGAAAACCUUCUUGCUGCAGCAUGCCUUCUUCAGCUCCCUCAAGUAGUAGAAGUAUGCUGUCACUUCCUCAUGAAACUUCUGCAUCCAUCUAACUGUUUAGGGAUCCGAGCAUUUGCUGAUGCUCAAGGAUGCAUUGAAUUAAUGAAGGUGGCCCACAGCUACACAAUGGAAAACAUAAUGGAAGUGAUCAGAAAUCAAGAGUUUUUACUCCUUCCAGCUGAGGAACUCCAUAAGCUCUUGGCCAGUGAUGAUGUAAACGUCCCUGAUGAAGAAACCAUUUUCCAUGCAUUAAUGAUGUGGGUCAAGUAUGACAUGCAAAGGAGAUGCAAUGAUCUAAGUAUGCUUCUUGCCUUUAUAAGAUUGCCACUGCUUCCACCACAGAUACUAGCUGACCUAGAAAACCAUGCAUUAUUUAAGAAUGAUCUGGAAUGUCAAAAGCUGAUUCUGGAAGCAAUGAAAUACCAUCUUUUGCCAGAAAGAAGAACUUUAAUGCAAAGUCCAAGAACUAAACCUAGAAAAUCUACAGUUGGAACUCUGUAUGCUGUAGGAGGAAUGGAUAACAACAAAGGGGCUACCACCAUAGAGAAAUAUGACCUCAGAACAAAUUUAUGGAUCCAGGCAGGAAUGAUGAAUGGCAGGAGGCUGCAGUUUGGCGUGGCUGUUAUUGACGACAAACUCUUUGUAAUUGGAGGUCGAGAUGGCUUGAAAACAUUGAACACUGUUGAAUGUUAUAAUCCCAAAACCAAGACUUGGACUGUUUUACCACCAAUGUCAACGCAUAGACAUGGUCUAGGUGUAACCGUACUUGAAGGCCCUAUUUAUGCUGUGGGAGGCCAUGACGGCUGGAGCUAUCUGAAUACAGUGGAGAGGUGGGAUCCGCAGAGCCAGCAGUGGACAUUUGUAGCCAGUAUGUCCAUUGCCCGAAGCACAGUUGGUGUCGCAGCAUUAAAUGGCAAGUUAUAUUCUGUUGGAGGUCGUGAUGGAAGUUCCUGUUUGAGUUCAAUGGAAUAUUAUGAUCCUCAUACAAACAAGUGGAAUGUGUGUGCUCCAAUGUGUAAGAGGAGAGGGGGUGUUGGAGUGGCCACAUGCGAUGGUUUUCUUUAUGCAGUAGGAGGACAUGAUGCUCCUGCUUCAAAUCACUGUUCCCGGCUACUGGAUUAUGUAGAGAGAUAUGAUCCUAAAACAGACACAUGGACCAUGGUGGCUCCUUUGAGUAUGCCCAGAGAUGCCGUUGGGGUCUGUCUUCUUGGCGACAGAUUAUAUGUUGUUGGUGGCUACGAUGGACAGACGUAUCUCAACACUAUGGAAUCUUAUGAUCCACAAACUAAUGAGUGGACACAGAUGGCUUCCUUGAACAUUGGGCGAGCCGGUGCCUGUGUGGUGGUCAUCAAGCAACCUUGACUAACUCUUAUUUGGUAUGAUUUUGUUUGCUGGAGUGGUUACUUUUAUAUCAGAAGGCAAGAAUGAGAGCUUCGUGAGAUGAAAACUCUUCAAGAACAAGGAUUUCUGUAGAUUCACUUACUAAUGCAUAGGAGGUAGAAAGUCAAAGAGAAUUAUAGGAAACAAGAAAACAUCGAACUAUUACAGGAAUGUCUGGCCAUAUGGUAGUUAGUUCAGGAAUGGUUAUUGGUAAUUUGCUUUUUAUUGUAGCAUACAAUAACUAGCUACCAAAGGCUUGCUUUUCUUGAUCAAUCGAAAGGAGAGGCCAAUAUUUGUGACAUGGAUGAUUUCAUGAUGGAAGCUCAUUUAAUUAUUUUAUAAUCUGUAGCAAAAUCCAAGAGGUUGCCAAGAGUGGAAGACAUGAUAUUUCAUCUGACAGACUCUGAUUGUCACUGGUUUCCUAAUCAGAUGUGAUCAUUCAAGGAAGCAGAAUGAUAUUUUAUUAAAACAAAGAUGCUGCUGCUUCAUUUUUGUAAGCCACAAGGACAAUUAGAAAAACAGAUUCAUGCUUGUCUCUUGUGUUGAAAAACAAAAUACUGUCCCCUGCUAAUCAAAGCUGCAUAUCUCAUCAGAGACUACAGUUGAAUUUAUUAUAACCGUGUAAGCAAACUAAAACUGGCAAACACAAAGGAUUGUUUUAGUUAGGCUUGCCACAUUGCUUUGCUUUAUGAACACACUGAGUCAAAGAAUCAGAAUAUAAUGGCUUUUGCCUUAUGUUGAGUUCAGUGUAAGCAUGGGAGCUAGUCAUUAUGAAUGUUUUAUAUAUAUAUAUAUGCAUAUAUAUGUAUGUGUGUGUGUGUAUAUAUAUAUAUUCAUUGCAUGUUGAAGUCCUUUAGAAUUUUGUUCUUAAAAAAAAAAACACUAGAAUUUUGAGAGAAAUAUAUGAGCCAUUAAGUUGAAGUGUUUAUGAUCAUUAUUAAAAGAAAGGCAGUUUCAGAUUCUUAUUCCCUGCUUCUCAAAGUUCUUACAUUGAUAUGUGCAUUAUUUUAAGCCAAAUGUUUGUAAUUGUUUAAAUCCUAAGGUGGAAACAUUGAAAAUGUCUUUAAUAGAUUCAUGUAAAUUUUACAACUA